AUGGCGUCGACGGAUCCAAGUGCCCAGGCCCCUGGUCUGGCUGAUGGUUUAUCACCUUCGCACACCUACAUCCCAAACCAAGGAUAUAUCAAUGAAGAUGGCACUACCCCCACUAUAGCGGGGCAAGAUCCUGCGCUGCAGGAAGACGAGGAGGACGAGGAGGAGGAAUUCUACGAUGAUAUCUUCGAAGACGAUGACCUGGAGGCAGAGAACAUUUCCUCCUCGAAUCCCGCCGAUCUAACGAAGGCCUUUAACCGCCAGCGCAAAGUGAACGAACUCGCUGCCGACCCGAAUGCUCCCAAGUGGACUUACCCGAAGACCAAUACGCAAAAGCCUAGCAUCAACACCCGUGCAUCAGUUGAUGACCAGAUCAAGUCGUUGACUCGCCAUGCCACAAAGCUCAAGCUUGACGAUGUGCAGUCCGGAUUGGCGGCUCGCGGUGACCGCGGUAAUGACCGAGCCGAUAGAGCAACUUCGGAGCAGGUGUUAGAUCCCCGUACACGAAUGCUUCUGCUACAGAUGAUCAACCGCAACAUCGUUUCGGAAAUUCACGGAUGUCUUUCAACAGGUAAAGAAGCCAACGUCUACUACUCUAUGUUGUUCCCGGAGGAGGAGGAUGCCACUCCCGUGCACCGGGCCAUCAAAGUCUACAAAACCAGCAUUCUGGUCUUCAAGGACAGAGACAAGUACGUGAGUGGCGAGUUCAGAUUCAGACAAGGCUACAGUAAGAGCAACAACCGGGCGAUGGUGAAACUGUGGGCCGAGAAGGAAAUGCGCAAUCUCCGAAGAAUCCAUGCGGCCGGAAUUCCUUGCCCAGAGCCGGUCUACCUGCGACUUCAUGUCCUCGUCAUGGCAUUCCUAGGUAACUCCAAGGGAGUCGCAUCGCCUCGUCUGAAGGACGUCGAAUUUGAUAUCCCCAACCCUGAGACCCGCUGGCGUGAGCUCUACGUCGAUCUGCUUGGCUACAUGCGUGUCAUGUACCAGACAUGUCGCCUGGUUCACGCAGAUCUGAGCGAGUACAACAUGCUUUACCACAAGAAAAAGCUCCACAUCAUUGAUGUCAGUCAGAGUGUCGAGCAUGACCACCCUCGGAGUUUGGAAUUCCUGCGUAUGGAUAUCAAGAACAUUAGCGACUUUUUCCGUCGUAAAUCCGUCGACGUCUUGCCUGAGCGGAUGGUUUUCGAGUAUGUUAUUUCAGCCGAAGGCCCGGCCACUGUGGACCAGAGCGAAGAAAUGCAGGAAGCUAUUGAAAAGCUCUUCGUGGCCCGAGCCGAGAUACCCGACGAGGAACUAGACACUGCCGUCUUCCGCCAACAGUAUAUCCCCCAGACUCUAGAACAGGUUUACGAUAUCGAACGUGAUGCCGAGAAAGUCCAUGCGGGUGAAGGUGAAGACCUUGUCUACCGGGAUCUUCUCGCCAGUGGCAAAUCCGUUGCGCAACCCGACGACGCGGAGAGCGAUGCCGGCUCUGAUGUGAGCGGCGGAGUCUCCGUAGAGGGCUCUGGGUCGGACGAAGAGGACGACGAAGAAAAGGACCCCUUUGAGAAGGGGGCUCCGCGCGGAAAGCGCUUCGUAGACAAAGACACUAAGCGCGACCACAAGCAGAAGGUGAAGGAAGAGAAGCGGGAAAAGCGUGCAAGCAAGAUGCCAAAGCACAUGAAGAAGCGUCUGGUGUCUACCUCUUCACGAAAGAAGAAAUAA